AUGCCCUGGGAGCGCGUACUUCGCGAGACUCCUUCGCCGUACCCCGGCGCGGUGGCGUGGUCGCACGAGAACCUCAUCGCGGUCGGCCAGGAGAGGAGCGUGUGCAUCCUGAACCCCGCCGACAUCGACGGACCCGCGGGAUGCGUCUCGCUCGUCGACGACGCUCGCGCCAAGCCGGCCAACGCAAACGACGAGGACGCCGACGACCACGGCGACGACGGCGACGGAGGCGUCCCCUUCCCCGAGCUGACCCGCCCGCGCAGGUCCACCUCGCUCCUGUCCACGCGCGUCGUCAUCCACCCGAACCAUCGCCCCGAGGUCGUCGCGCGCGACCUCGCGUGGUCCCCGCUCGGCCUCGCGCCGCCAGCUGUGUCGCCGUCCGGCAUCCUCGGCGACGGGUGCCUGCUCGCCAUCGCAUCCUCCGCGCACCGCGUCACCGUGCACGCCCCGCCGCGCGCCGAGUCCGACGCGGAGUGGGCCAAGGUGUGCGACGUCUCGGAGAUGUUCGCGUCCGUCGCCGAGGCGGAGGGGUGGCUGGACGACGGCGGCGACGCCUUCGACCGAUCGGCGUUUGAGACCAAUCGGCGUCCGAGGUUGCCAUCGCCGCAGUACGCGCGGCUCCUCCUCCGCGCGAGGGAGGCGCCGCUCGCGCUGCCGGCGGUCGCCAACGGCGGCGGAGGGCGGGGCGAGAAGCGUACGGCGCUGCCCGCGGCGGGCGUCGGCGAGGGCUCGAGCGGCGGCGGCGGCGGCGGCUGCUGGCCGACCGAGCCGGCGAAGUUCCCGGCGGAUUCUCUCCGCGUCGGCGCGGCGGUGGAGGUUCGGCGUCGGGCGUCGUCGGGUGCCGACUCGAGGGGUGCCGACUCGGGUGCCGCGGGUGGAUGGCGCCCGGGGACGGUUCAGUCGCUCGUGUCCGCGUUCAACUUCCGCGUGAGGGUUUGUUUCGACGAGCCCGUUCGCGGGGCUCCGCGAUGCGUCUGGCUCGUCUGCGAAAACGACGGCGAGUUCCCGGCGCUGCGCCUCGACGGCGAGGGAGCGAGCGCCGCGGGAUGCCACGAGUUCCCGUCGCAGUCCCUCGGGUUCGAGGGUGCGUCGGGCGUGUUUGAGCUGCGGCCCGCGCAGAGUGGGUGGAAGGAUGGGGUGGUGGGAGAAGCUGAGGUGGCGAUGACGCGACGCGGGGGUUGGGUUCCGGCAUUCGUCGACAAGGGCGGCGCGUGGAUCAAGCUUGGGGUGCGAGGGGAAGGCGAGCGCUCGAACGUGCCCCCGGGCACGAUCCGAUCGAGGCCGAGGAUGGCGUGGAUCGGCGAGGGGUGCGCGCACGGCGCGUGGAGAAAAGCCACAGACUCUGACUACUCCGGGUACAAGUUGUCGGACUUUACGUUCCCCGAGGAUGAAGAGGACGAUGAAGAGGAUGAGGAUGAGGAGGGGGAGGAGGAUAAGGAGGGGGAGGAGGACCCCGUGGCCCCGAAGCCCGAACCGACGGUCGCCAAGGUGACGAUCCCGAAGGAGACUGACGUCGUCGAGAAGGAGGAGCUGCCCGACGCGGCGCCCGUCGCCGUCGCCCACCGACCCGCCGCCUCCGCGACUGGAAAGACGAGAGGCAGGAAACCUGGGGAGCACUUCGCCGCGGCUUACGCGAACGAACUUCGCGCGAGUGCCAAGGCUGCCGCGGCGAAGACCGCGGCCGAGUGCGGCGCGAAUGAUGCCCCGGUCAAAGCCGUGGAGGCGGUGUUCACGGCGGCGAAGGUUGGCGACGACGUCUUUGCCGCCGUCAACGACGUCACCAAAGCGAACAAGUCGAGGCGUAACGCGGGUCUCAAGGACAUCGCGCUGCGAGUCUGCGACGCGUUUCUGGCUGCACGGGCGGGCGCGGGGAUCACGAGACUCUAUCCACAGGGGAAACACCUCGACAAGAAUGACGACAAGCCGCUUCUGGAGAAGGUUGAGAAGCUGGUUUGGGAGAAGGUCGCCCCGCGCGUGCAGAAGAACAAGGACAAGGUCAGGAAGGAGCUCAAGCCGCCCACGCAGAACGGGUACCAGUUGGAGAUCAGGGAGAAUAUCACCCAGGCUGACGACAACGACGAGGAGGAGGACGUGCCCAUCGCGAGGCGGGCGAGAGCCGCCAGGGCGAGACCCAUCCUCCCCGCCGACGAGGACGAGGACGAGGAGGACGACGAGGACGACCCGGAUGCCUCGAACGCCUCUUCCAGCGACGACGACGAGGAGGACGACGACGAGCCCAAGCCCAAGAGACAGCGCGGUCGCAGGGCUUCGAUCACCGCCGCCUCGAGCGCGGACCCCGCGAGCGCCGCCGCCGCCGCGAGGCGCGCCGCCGCCGCCGCCGCGCUCUCCGUCGCGUGGUCUCCGCGGCUCGAUCGCCGUCCCGACGAGCCCCCCGCGUCCGUGCUAGCCGUGGGGUGCAAAUCCGGCGCCGUCACCCUGUGGCUCGUUCGGCGGCCGGCGACGGCGGGCGACGGGGGCGCGGUGGACGUUGAGGCGAUGGGUCGCUUUCGCGCGUGCGACGGGUGCGCGACGUCGCUGGCGUGGACCGGGGACGUCCGGCUCGGUGAGUCACCGCCCGGUGAGUCACCGCAAAACGGUGAGUCACCGCAAAACGGUGAGUCAUCGCCCGGUGAGUCACCGGGGGGCGGGGGGUUCGCGCUCGUCGUCGGCGGCUCGGACGGAUCCGUUCGAACGUUCACCGUCUCGCGCAAAUCCCUCCUCGCCGCCGCGGGUGCCGAGGGGGGACGACGGGGAAGGCGAGCGACCCGCGCGGUUCCCCUAACUCCCGGCGCGGAGCUGUCUCCGGCGGAUGGGGAUCCCGUGACGCGCGUCGCCGUCGCCGACUCGGUUAAGAUCGAUUCGGACAAUCGCGCACACGCGCGACCGGUGAUCGCCGCGGGGAAGGCCUCGGGAACGGUCGCCGCGUGGCGCCUCGCCGCGCACGACUCCACGUCCGCGGAGGCGACGUGGAGCGCCAGGUGUCACGUCCAGCCGGUGUCCGGGCUGGCGUGGUGCGCUGCUCCCGAGAUUGAGAACUGCGCCGCGGUCCGGCUCGUCUCGAUGCACACCACCGGCGCCGCCGUCGCGUACACCGUGCCCACGGACCCGCGCGCGAGGCACGACGACUGGACGCUGACGGACGCCUGCGUGGAGGACUUGACGGUCGCGUCGAUUGACGGUUUGGAUUUGAACGGGAACACAGCUGGCGGCGGCGCGAAGCUUCCGGUUUCAUCGCACGCCGGCCUCGCGUCGUCCCCCGCGGGCGUUCUGGUCGCGACCGCCGCCGGAUUCGUCGCCAGCACGUACGCGAGCGGAGCGACGAUGAUACAGUCGCGCGCGAGGCGGGGACGCGUCGCGGUGGCGCCGCCCGCGGCGCUGGCGGCGGGUCGCGUCAAAUCGCAUUCGAUGACGGAAAUUUCCGGGGACGCCGCGUCGGGAAAACUCGACGACGGCGCUGCCGACGAGUCGCUCUCCGUCGCGUGCGCCGCGCGGCGCCUCCCGUUCCUCGCGUCCGACCGGGGCGUCUCGCUGUGGGACGUCAGGGCCGCGGCGAAGCACGCGGGCGCGGGCGGGGCGAGGGCGUUGGAGUCCGCCGCGGGCGAGAUGCAAUCAACCGGGGGCGCUCGAGCGUCGCAGCUCGCAAAGUCUCUUUUAUGCGGGGCACCGGAAAUGUUUGUAGGGUUCGAGCCGCUGUCGUGCGAAGGGUGCGGGCGAGGGUACCCCCGCGGGGAGGGCUGGCCGGGUUGCGGGGAUUGCGGCCUGCUGCUGCGCCCCGAGGACGUGACGCGCGCGGCGCUCUCGAGGGCGAUGAUCUGA